CAAUCCCAACCUCCAGUCUCUUUUAGAAGAGCCUUAGAUGGAUGCUGAGUACUUAGAGGCAAGUAACAGCUGUAGAAAAAGAAGCUGAAUGUUUUGAGAGUGAACAAUGGAGCCUCCUAGCAAUGAAGCAAGAGAACAACGUACCUAUGAUACCAAGAAUGAACCUGGCAUUCUUGGCAUAGUGCAGCCAGUCCAGAAGAGCUACCAAUGCUUGGAAUGUGGGAAAAGCUUCCGGCGGGGUCCAAGCCUGUUGACUCACCAGAGAAUCCACACAGGCGAGAGGCCUUACCAGUGCCCAAAGUGUAAGAAGUGUUUUACUCAGCAGUCAAGCCUUACUAUUCAUCUGAGAAUCCACACAGGGGAGACCCCAUACCAUUGCCCUCAGUGUGGGAGAUGUUUCCGCCAGAGUUCAAACCUCCUUAAACAUAAGCAGCUACAUGCGGGGGUAAGGCCCCAUCUCUGCUCAGAAUGCGGCAAAUGUUUUGCUCAGCGCUCAAAUCUUGUCAUUCACCAGAGAAUUCACACAGGGGAAAUGCCUUAUCUGUGUUCUGAGUGUGGGAAAACGUUCAGGCAGCACCGGAGCCUGCUUGUCCACCAAAGGUUCCACAAAGGAAAUAUAUCUUGUGGAUACAAUUGCCCUGAGUGUGGGAAAAGCUUCAUGCAGAGCUCGGACCUUGUGAAGCAUCUGAGAGUCCACACAGGAGAGAUGCCCUACAGCUGCCUGCAUUGUGGAAAAAAUUUCCGGUAUGUGUCUAAUCUUAAUAGGCACAGAAGAACGCACACUGGAGAGAAGCCCCAUGCGUGCCGACAGUGUGGUGAAUGCUUUAGCCACCUGUCCAGCCGAAAUACGCAUGAGAGGAUUCACACUGGUGAGAGGCCAUAUGGUUGUGCAGAGUGUGGAAAGAUGUUCAUUUCCAGCUCCAAGCUUGCUAGACAUCUGAGAACCCAUUCCAAGAAGACCUCUUAUAUCUGCAGUGAGUGUGGCAAAGGCUUCUUUCGCCAUCUAAACCUUGUUAGACAUCAGAGACUCCACAAAGCUCGGAGCUCCUGCUCCAAAAGGAAGGAGAAGUGAAAGAACAAGGAGAUUUUGCCAGGCUGAGCUCUAUGGCCCAUCCUCUCUGUCAGAGUCUCCAAAGAAUCAUCCUUGAAAGUCUUAAUGGAUCCCCUCCUUGAAGCUGCUCUGCAGGUCUUCAGAGUCCCACUCUUAGUUUUGUCUGUCUUUCAGACCUUGCUUAUUUGCAAAGUGAACUUCCGCCUUUUCCAGGUAGGAACCUAAUGAGGAGAGAACAUUUUUGGAGCUACUGAGGACUAAAUAUUUACUGAAACUAUUUUUCUGCCCAGAACCUAUUUUUCAGGUUAAUUCUUGGCAUGUACCAUUGCUGAGGGUGAUUAAAUCCAAAAGAGCUUCAAUGAGCUGGCCAAGAAGAAGAAAUUAAAGCUUCUCAGCAGGGCUGAGAAGCAGCAUCGGCUGAAACUCCUCUCCUCUGUCUGACAGUUAAAGUACAGAAGCUCAUGCCUCCUUUAACUCUGGUUGAUCUAUCAUUGUUUGAAAUGACUUGACCAACUUGUGGGUUGUGGUUGGAUGAAAGGAACUAUGGCAGGGCUACAAAAACUUGGCCUCGGCACUUUGGAAGUAAGUUGAAUGGAUUUCAAUGGAAUUAACUUCUGGGUAAUGUGUUUAAGACUUGGAAUACAUAUUUUCUACAACCUCUACAAGGAAGAAUAACAAAUCCUUUGCAGCAAUCCUAGAGGUGGGGCAAGAGGAGUGGGGUUUGACUAGAGUCAUGUGCCCUUCUUUUAAACACACUCAGUGCGGUCAAGGCUCCCUCAUGUGUACAUGGGUGUUUAGAAAUGCAGCUGUUCCAUUCACACAACUGGAAAUGCCACUGUGAUCUCGCGUGUAACCACCACAAACACAAUUGCCAAAAAGGAGGCUGAAAGACGAUUGUGUGCAAAAGAGGAUUAAAAAAAAACUACUCCCAAGCAGGCUUGGAACGGAAAAGGAAACUUGUUAUGUGGACUGUGAUUUUCAGUGAAAGGUGAUUGGAGGAAGUUCUGGAGCUCCUAAGCGCUCCUCUACAAGCUGGAGAAAUGGUGUACUCUAAAAAUGAGGAAAAGGGCAUAUUUUUCUCUUGUGUACGUGUUUUUUGUUUUGCCCUGAUGGAACCAUUAACAGCAAUCUGCUUUUUCUUUACUGUCCAAAGUCUAGUGGACACUUAGGGUUUGUUGGGUUUGUUAAUGUUUUGAUAUGGUCUUCAGGCCAAAUCAGAUAUAAAAAACAUGUUGGUUUUUAUAUUAAUAGCAGCAGCUGUAGGGGCAGACAGCAGGCAGGGAGGAGACAUUUAACUCUUUUCCUCCUUGCCCCCCCCCCCAGUCCUGGCAAAAAUAAAAGCUGCAGCGUGGAGAAGGAAGCCUGGGAAGAUGGGUGAUUUUUUGGGUCAGGAUUGCCAUGGGGAAGGAAAGGGUUAAACCUCUCCCUUCCCAGCAUGCUAUGGGCUUAAUGAGAAUCCUUUCCCUUCUGCACCUGCUGCUGUUUUAAAAAAGCAAACCCUUCACUUGUGUUGGGCACUGAACUAUAUUUAAAGCAGUAUCAUACCACUUUUAACAGCCGGCUUUCAGCAAAGAAUCCUGGGAACUGUAGUUUGUUAAGGGUGCUGAGAGUUGUUAGCAGACUGCUAUUCCCCUCACAGAGCUACAAUCCUCAAAGUGGUUUAACAGUCAAUUCCUCGUUCCAGGGAACUCUAAGAAUUGUAGCUCUGUGAGGGGAAUAGGGGCCUCCUAACAACUCUCAGCAUCUUUAAGAAACUACAACUCCCAGGGUUCUUUGGGGGAAGCCAUAACUGUUUAAAGUGAUAUGAUAGUGCUUUAAAUGUACAGUGCAGAUGAGGGUCUAGGGUCAUGUCUAGUUCGGCACUUUCAUGUGUUAGUGUCAGGAACAUUCUCUGUCUUAUUCAAAAACUGGCCUGUUGUCCUAGUAUGUUUUCCCACUACAAUAAAUGUUGAGUUACACAAAA